AUGAAGUAUCUAAGUAUUGACCUUACAUAUAGAUCAUCAAACCCUGUUAAAGAUCAGUUCUCGGUUGAUGAAAUCAAAGCUGCGGUUUUUGAUUGUGGGGACGAUAGGGCUCCCGGCCCGGACGGAUUCAACUUCCGGUUCUUCAAAAAAUUCUGGAGUCUCUUUGCUAAUGAUUUCUCGGCCCUUAUGUCGGCUUUCUUCGAUUCCGGGCAGAUUAACGAUGGAUGCGGGUCCUCUUUCAUUGCGCUUAUUCCGAAAAUUAGAGAUCCUUCGGGCCUUGGCGAUUACCGACCCAUUAGCUUGGUCGGGGUUGUCAAUAAAGUGAUUUCCAAAAUCUUAGCCAACAGACUCAAGAAGGUUCUGGGGUCGGUUAUCUCGAUCAAUCAGUCUGCAUUUUUGGGAGGUAGAUUUAUCUUGGAUGGGCCCCUCAUCAUCAAUGAGGUGUGCUCAUGGCUCAAAAAAAGCAAGCGAAAAGCGUUUCUCUUCAAAAUUGAUUUCGAGAAGGCCUAUGACAAUAUUAACUGGAGUUUUGUGGUGGAUGUGUUUAGACAGAUAGGCUUCGGGGGGAGAUGGUGCAAGUGGAUUUGGGGUAUCCUCUCUUCGGCUAGGGCGUCUGUCUUAGUGAAUGGAGCUCCUACAUUCGAGUUCAAGUGCGGAAAAGGGAUGAGGCAGGGCGAUCCUAUUUCUCCCUUCUUGUUUGUGGCGGUUAUGGAGGCUUUGUCGUGCCUCCUUGACAAAGCCAAGGAACUGGGCAUAUUCUCGGGCGUCUCUCUUCCCAAUGACGGGCCGGUUUUGUCUCACCUGUUCUUCGCGGACGAUGCUCUUAUCAUUGGGGGCUGGGACAAAGGUAAUGCUCUCAAUGUUGUGAGAAUCUUAAGAUGUUUUUAUGUGUGCUCUGGUUUGAGAAUCAACUUGGGAAAAUCUAGCCUGUUUGGAAUUGGGGUGGACAUGUCGGAUGUGUCUCAGGUAGCGGAUAGCGUUGGGUGCAAGGCGGAUUCGCUCCCUUUCAAAUAUCUUGGCCUCAAGGUGGGGGAGAAUAUGAAUCGUAUUGGCAACUGGAGACCCGUUUACGACAUUUUCGAAUCUAGGCUCGCCUUAUGGAAAUCCGCUUUACUCUCCAUCGGCGGGAGAGUAACGCUUAUUCGGUCAGUUUUAGCUAGUCUUCCUAACUAUUACUUCUCGCUCUAUAAAGCUCCGGCCGCGGUUAUCAAAGACUUAGAACGUAUGAUCAAAAAAUUCUUGUGGGGAGGGUCUGGUGAGGCUCGAAAAACCCAUUGGGUUGCUUGGGAGAGGCUUGCCAUCCCGGUCAAGUUGGGGGGCUUGGGUAUAUCUAAACUGGAUAAUGUCAACAGAGCCUUAUUAUGCAAAUGGGGGUGGAGGUUCAAAAAGGAGAAAGACAGUCUUUGGAUCAAGGUCGUGGACGCUAUUCACUCUGGCGGCUCUGACUGGUCCCUUCUUCCUGUUAAAAAGAGCUUAGGAGGUGUUUGGGUCAAUAUCGUUUCUGUCAUCAACAGACCUUUGGCCGGUAAUUUUUGUCUUCGGGGGAGUUUCUGCGGUAAAUUGGGCAGGGGAGACCGUAUCCUAUUUUGGCUUGACCCCUGGCUCAAAGAUGUGCCUCUUAAGGAGGUCUUUCCUCGCCUCUAUUCGCUCGAGAUGGUUAAAACCUGCUGUGUCCGUGAUCGUGUGGAAGGAAACUGGUUAUGGAGACACGAUCCCGAGUUGGAUGAGGAACGGAGAGAGCUGAACGAGUUGAUGGAUGCUUUGGCAUCAGUCUCGGUUGCCGAUAGGGAGGAUGAUUGGGUGUGGUUGUCUGAUCCUUCGGGUUUGUUUUCCGUCAAGUCGGUUAAAAAGAUCUUGGAUGAGGCUACUGUCAACAGAAAUCUUUUUGUGAUGGAAUGGUGUUCUUGGGUCCCCAAAAAAUGCAACAUUCUUGUCUGGAGGGCUGAGAUGAACCGAAUUCCGACUUCGGAUGCUUUGCGGAGAAGAAACAUCUUUGUAAGCGAAGGUCUGUGUCCUUUCUGCAAGGAGGUGCCCGAGACGGCUGAUCAUAUUUUUUCUUCGUGCUUUACGGCUGUUCAUUUGUGGCACAGAAUUAGUAGGUGGUGUCGGUUACCGCCGAUCUUUGCGUUCUCCUUCAAGGACCUGUUAGAAAUUCAUCUCGAUAGAAGCAUUGCAAUCAAAGUCAGACCGAUUAUCCAUGGUAUUAUUGUUGUUGCGUGUUGGUGCCUCUGGUUGGCCCGGAACAGGGCCGUUUUCUCGGGGAUCGAUGCGAAGAUCCGUAAACAUAAGUUGCAGAUUUAUCAAGAUUUGAUCAAAUUCAAAGGUAAAUCUACCAAAACAAAGCUAAAUAUUAUCCGUAAACAUAAGUUGCAGAUCCGUAAACAUAAGUUGCAGAUUUAUCAAGAUUUGAUCAAAUUCAAAGGUAAAUCUACCAAAACAAAGCUAAAUAUUAUCCGUAAACAUAAGUUGCAGAUCCGAUCAAAGAAAUUAAAGAUCCGAUCAAACUUUAUGUUUUUCUUUCUUUGUAUUUCUAAUAACUUUUUCUUUGUUUCUGAUUUGAACUUUUUCUUUAUUCUGAUUUCUGUAGAUCUGAUUUUGGACUCCGAUAAUUCGUCAAACAAAAGAGUUAUGGAUCCUAAAAACAACGCUCCUUCGUUUUUAAAGUUGAUUGAUGAAGAUGAUCCUAUAUUGUUGGUAUGUUUCUUUGGUUUUCAUUUUUUCAACAGACAAUAA